GAGGCGAAAUCAUGCGCCUAAUAUUUACAGCUGUUCCACUUCCACUGCUCCGUUGUCUCCCACCAUGACGCCGAUUGAAAAGAGAGAGCAGUACCCCCGGCAUAUCUCUGUCCUUUAUAUGUAAUUGUCAGUGCCUCUUAUUGGAGCGCUCAUUCUAUCUUUAUAAGUCUAUGAUCUAACCUCUAUACUUCUGACGGUUCUACUGUUUGCUACUGUAGCAACAAAAAUAUGGCCGGCCAUCCGCGUUUGUCUGUUGGCUUGAUCAUCAAACUAAGUGACCAAACAACGGUAUUCACGUAAUUGGACGUGAUAUAUUUCAUCCAAGGUGGGUUGCUAAGUAUUUGCUUACUGUUUACGAACCAUCGAAUCGGUACACAUAUCGUACAAGAAAGAAUUGCUGGUAUUGUUAUUGGAAGCAUCGUUGGAAGAUCAUAGUUACCAGUGUGAUAUGGUAUGGAGGGACAAAUAUUUUUGUUUACAUGCCUUCUUUUUCCCAAAUAGAUGAUUUCGACAAGAUAUUUUUCAUUCAUUUCUGGUAUAGUGAUAACUUCUGUGACAUGGACCUUCAGCUUGUACUUAUAUUCGAGAUUGUCGCAAAAUGCAAAUACAGCGAGUCCUACGAUCUAUGUGCCAGACUUUUCUCAACCUCUAAAGGAAUCUGUGUUCGACCAAAGGUCGAAUGAUCAACACGAGGCAAUUUACAUACAGAAUGUCAAGGAUAAAAUUCAUAGGCACCAAGUCAGUGGUAAAGAUCCGUAUAAUUACAAAGCUCAUAAUGACUUUCAAAAUAGUAACAAAUUGCUACAACAAUUGCAACCGGUCCCAGUGAAGCCAGCAGUCACCGUGGGAGGAGGGCUCGAUGAAAUUGGCAUGGUAAAAAAUUUUGAGGAGCAACAGAAAAGAGAUGAAGGGUACAAGAAUUACGCAUUUAACGUGCUAGUAUCUGAUCAGCUGAGCUUGCAUAGAGAAAUACCUGACACACGUCACAAACUUUGUCAAUCUUUGGUAUAUGACAAAUCAUUGCCAAAUACCAGCGUGGUGAUAUGCUUCUACAAUGAGCACUACAUGACACUUCUGAGAUCUGUACAUUCAGUGGUUGAUCAAACUCCUGAUGAUUUACUGCACGAAAUUAUUUUGGUAAAUGAUUGGAGCGACGAUGACACUCUGCAUGUCAAAUUAGAUACAUAUAUUAAAGAGAACUUUGAGAAGAAAGUAAAACUGUACAAAACUAAUCGAAGAGAAGGUUUAAUAAGGGCAAGAAUGUACGGGGCAAAAAGAGCAACUGGACAAGUGUUGAUAUUCUUAGACAGUCAUAUUGAAGUUAACAAAAUGUGGGUUGAGCCACUGCUCUCUAGAAUCGCUCAAUCAAAAACCAUUGUCCCGAUGCCCGUGAUAGAUAUUAUAAAUGCUGAUACCUUCCAAUAUACUGGAAGUCCCUUAGUUAGGGGUGGGUUCAACUGGGGAUUACACUUCAAAUGGGACAACCUGCCUAUUGGAACCUUGGUUCAUGACGAGGAUUUUGUUAAACCAAUAAAAUCACCAACCAUGGCUGGUGGAUUAUUUGCAAUGGAUCGCGAAUAUUUCGCGCAUCUAGGAGAGUAUGACUCCGGUAUGGAUAUAUGGGGAGGUGAAAACUUAGAAAUAUCAUUUAGGAUAUGGAUGUGCGGAGGUACAAUAGAGCUAAUCCCAUGUUCACGAGUCGGACAUGUGUUUCGAAGACGUCGACCCUACGGUGGGGACGACCAGCAUGAUACCAUGUUGAAAAACUCGUUGCGAGUUGCUCAUGUGUGGAUGGAUAAAUACAAGGAUUACUUUUUGAAAGAUGUUAAAAAUAUUGAUUAUGGUGACAUUUCGAAACGUGUUGCACUACGGGAAAGCUUGAAGUGUCGAGACUUUUCUUGGUACUUGGAAACAGUUUACCCAGAGUUAACAUUGCCAGACGAUACAGAGAAACACUUGAAAGAUAAAUUGGCAAAAGUUAAUCAGAUACAAAUGCAGCCAUGGCAUUUAAGAAAGAGAAAUUACACCGAUCAGUAUCAAAUUAGACUGACUGGCUCCGCUCUUUGUAUUCGAAGUGAGAAGGACAUUAAGACAAGGGGAUCAAAGUUGAUAUUAACACCAUGUCUACGAACCAAAUCGCAGAUGUGGUAUGAGACAGAUAAACACGAAUUAGUACUCGGUCAAAUGUUGUGUCUAGAAGGGAACGAAAAAUGGCCAAGACUCGGAAAGUGUCACGAAAUGGGUGGAAACCAGGCAUGGCAUCACAGAGGGACCAAACGUAUACCAAUAUACAAUAUGGCAGCUGGUACCUGUUUGGGAGUACUUAGUAACAGUACAAAUGCACUGGUAACAAUGAACCUGUGUACAAAGCCUGAUGUAUCAUUGAUAAGCUGGGAUUUGGUUCGAUCUACGUUAGCUGGACGAAUGGAUAGAUGACGCGGACAAGAGAAUAGCAAGAAUAAACAUAGGCCGGAUGAGGAUUUGCUAGGAAGAAAGUGGUGAAGAAACUUGUGCUUCGGGACGAGAAUGUAAUCAAACAUGCCACUACACACAAAUGUGAUGCCGCAUUAUAACAUAUUAUUUAAGUAAAGCUACUUAUCACGGAUAUACGCAUUGUACAUACUCGCACAAGCUGAUUGUUAUAUCAAUGGUGGCGAGACGCUGGAGCAGUUCGUUUACGAGCAGAGGCUCGAUACCUAUGCUUGCGUAAGUAUGCAUCUUCCUAAGAAGGUACAUUGUACGACUGGUGUGUACCGCUGAUGAAGAAUUACGUGCAAUAGUGAUAUUUUAUUCAAGAUUUGAUGCAUAUCUGUUUAUACAUAGAGUGUACCACUUCGCAGCGCUUACGAACAAUGCGAAAAAUUCGACAGCAAAUCAAUCAAAUGUACCUCACCUAUCGUUUGGAGUGGCGACAAACCGUAGAAACUAGGAAAAAAGGACGAUUUAAGAAAUUCUCGGAAGUCUAAGAAAGUGAUAGAUUACGCCGAUCCACAGGCAUAACGUAUUUCAUUGAAAGUAUCCCAUAGAGUGUUUUCAACAUAUCAGCCUGCGUGUGCUAUUUCUACACAACACAUUCCAAUAUUUCGUAAAAUUCACCCAAAAUAUACACAAAUUCCAACUGUUUUCCAACAAAAUUGAUUUCCUGAACGAAGGCUAGAGAGACGUAGAGUCUUGUUAACGGGAUCACGUAGUUACAGACGAUAUCGGGAAAUGGAGUUUUUCGUUCAAGAAUCCUUAAGUUCGUAGUAUAACUACGCGGAAAAAUAAACAUGUUGGGCUUACGUGUGGUACGGGAAUUACGUGAACGUCGCUUUUUCUUGGAGUACAUGUUACCGUAAUUACGGUAUUCGAAAACUCGAAAGAACAUUCGCGAAUGAAAUUUGAACAUACUGGCAAGCAAUCCCCGUAAUUUUGACCACAAAAUUAGCGACGCCUAUGUCAUUCCACUACAUAUAUUUUUCCGUAAGUCUUGGCUGGUAUGUGUAUACUGGUCGGUAAUGGGCGAGAAAAUGGAAAAUAUUUCUGAGAAAUAAUUCAAAUACGCUUAUUACGUUCGUUCCAACUAAAAAUAGGUCUGCUAGUCGUGUUGAUCACGUUAGUAUUAAUUAUGGUCAAGGAUCUGACCAAACCGUGUUUGCUACUGAUCGUUAAUUACAAUACAACUGUUCACAAAUAAUGUGUAGAAAUAGUUGCGGUUAGAAAAAUGAUUUUUUAUCUAUUAAGUAGUAAUUAAUUUUGUAAAUCAAUAAAGUUACGAAAAAUAAGACACACUUCAAAUAA